AUGGGUUGUCAACUCGGACCCCUUCGAGACAGUAUCAAUGACUCCCUGUCUUCAAAAGAAAGCUUUCCGAACAAGUAUUUUAGUAACGGUCGACUGCCAGUAUUCACCGCACUACCUCCACAACGAGAGGCUGUUGAAGUCCUAAACACGUUCUUCACCUAUACGACAGACAUAUUUCCGCUAUUCCAUCCUAAUACUUUCACAGAGCUUCUGAAUAACAGCUAUGAGCGAAGGCGACCGCGCGAUCCAUCGUGGUGGGCUGGCCUUAACAUAACAUUGGCAAUUGGCUAUCGCUACCGAUCCAUGCAUCAACCUAGCCAGAGUGGCGCUAGAACCAAGUCGAAUGUGUACUACAAGAAUGCAAUGGCCGCUGUGCCAGAGCUUCUAUUACGCAAGCCCGAUCUUAUGGCCGUUCAAGCACUAAUGGGCAUCAACCUGUUGACUAUCGCAAUGCGCUCAUGUGCCCAGUUUGGAAUCCAUGGUACCUGCGCAAUCCCACGAUCUACAUGUAGAGAACAGGACCAACCAACGUUCAUUCUGUCUCUUGGUUACAUGAUGGAAGAGCUGUAG